AUGACUGAGAUAUCCUACAGCUACUCGCGCCUCGCGCGAGAUUUCCGGCGAAUCCCGGAGUUCCAGGCGAAUGAGACGGAGAUGUUGAUGGAGAUUGCCCCCAACCCUAGUGUGAAGGAGCGCUACACCACCCUGAAUCCACGGGAGGUUCAAAUCCAAAACGCCCCGAAGCUUUCCGAGGCGAGCACGAAUACGGAGCGGGUCAAAUUACGUAGCCAUCCCCAAACCCACUUUGAGGCGGGAUGGCCGAACACCGUCGAUCCCACCGAGUUCGAGGAAAAGAUGAAGUACUGCAAAAAGGUCGAGCGGGAGGAGGGCUACCUCAGCUCCUGCUCAAGAUUAGUCGACCAGUGCAUUGAGAAGUGCAUCAAACAAAACGAUGCGAUCGAUAUUUACGGGGAGUAUUUCCAGGAAACGGCGCCGGCGGCGGGGGAGCCGGAGGAGGUCGGCCCCGCCUCCGCGAAGAUCGUCGCCGUUUUCAAAGAUCCGAGCCCGAUGAAGCGGACGGCGGCGGCGCUUUCCUGGCAAGGCGAUGGCCGCAAACUCGCCGUGGGGUACUGCCGGCUUAAAUUUCAAAGUCACCUCCCCACGAUGAGCCCGCACUCCCACAUCUGGGAUGUGUUGAACCCGAACGAGCCGACGGAGACCCUCGUCGCGGCCUCCCCGCUCUGCAGCAUCGAAUAUUACGCGAAGGACCCUCAUUUUAUCGCCGGGGGGAGUUGGAAUGGGGUGGUGCAGUACUGGGAUUGCCGUCAACCAAACCGCGCCGCCGCGCACUCUCGGGUGGAGGAAAGCCAUAAAGACCCCGUCUGGGCGGUGCGUUGGCUGCAAAGCAAAUCCGGUGAGCUCCUCUCCGUCUCCACGGAUGGCAACGUCUUCGUCUGGGAUUGUCGGCUGCCCGAUAAGCCGACGGAGAUCCACUCCAUCACGGAGGAUAACCUCCUUCUCCAGCCAAAGAGCACGGAUGGGGGGUUCAAAGACGUUCUCGGGGGGCUUUGCUUGGAUUACGACCCCCAGGUGGGCGGACCCGCGAAGUACAUGAUCGGCACCGAACAAGGCGUCAUCCUCUCCUGCAAUCGCAAGGCCAAAACGCAGCAGGAGAAGAUCGGGCCGAACACCUUUGUGGGGCAUCACGGGCCGGUGUACAGCGUGCAGCGAAAUCCAUUUUUCGCGAAAUACUUCCUUUCGGUCGGGGACUGGACCGCACGGCUGUGGUUUGAGGACUUUAAAUUCUCCCCCACCUUCAGUACGUUCUACCAUGAUGCGUACCUUACUAGUGGGGCCUGGCAUACGGUACGGCCGGGGGUUUUCUUUACCACCCGUAUGGAUGGGCAUCUCGAUAUUUGGGAUCUCAUGCUCCGCCAAACAACACCCUCGCUCAGCAUUCACGUCUCCGAUUAUGCGCUGCACUCGGUGAAGCCGACUCACGAGGGCCGGAUGGUCGCCACGGGCGGCAUCGACGGCAACGUCACCUUAAUUGAGCUCUCCCCAUCUCUCGCGACGUUGGCGCCGGAUGAAAAGAACGUCAUCGGCCUCCUCUUCGAGAACGAAAGCCUCCGCGAUAAAAAUUUGGAGCGCUCGAUUAAGGAGAAGCGCGUUGCCGCGCGACAGCGACUCAGUCGGCGAAGCACCUUCCAGGGAAGCCUGACGAGAAAUCUCGCGUCGGACCCUAACGAACUCGAGAAUAUCGCGCGGCAGUACAUCGAGACCGUCAGCAAGGAAAAAGAGCAGGAGAUCCAAGAGCGGAAUGAGAUCGAUGAAGCGCGAGAGAAACUUUUCAAGGAUAUCGAAGAUGGUGUAGAAAUCGGUGACGGAGCAUAUGCUACAAAGAAUCGGAUUCUUUGA